AUGUCGAACGCACCACCCCUCCCCACCGCCGGCGGCAAGCCACGCCUCCCCGCCAGCCAACGACUCCCCUCCAUCGCCGAGCCCUUCGUCAGCGCCCGCGCCCGCAAGCACCUCGACACCAUCGAGAAGUGGGUAGACGAAGAAUGCAUUCCCGCCGAUGCAGUCUAUGCCGCGCAGCUUGGCCACGGUGAUGGUCGUUGGGAGGGGCACCCAUCCAUUCUCGACGAUACCAAGCAACGGGCCCGCGAGCUCGGCCUUUGGAACAUGUUCCUUCCCAAGAACCACUACUCCAACCUCGCCGAGUACGACACCUACGGUGGUGCCGGCGGCUUCACGAAUGUGGAGUAUGGGCUUAUGGCAGAGCUGCUGGGAAGGAGUAAGUUGGCGAGUGAGGCGUGUAAUUGUGCGGCGCCAGAUACGGGUAAUAUGGAGGUCAUUGCGAGGUACGGGACUGCUGAGCAGAAGCAGCAAUGGCUGAGGCCGUUGUUGGCUGGGCAGAUCAGGAGUGGCUUUCUUAUGACGGAGCCGGACAAGGCGAGUAGUGAUGGGAGCAAUAUCAGUUUGAGCAUCAGGCAGGAGGGAAAUGAGCUGGUUUUGAAUGGGAGCAAGUGGUGGAGCUCAGGAGCUGGCGAUGAUAGGUGUAAGAUCUUCAUUGUGAUGGGGCUGAGUGAUCCGAAUAGCCAGGAUAGGUACAAGAGGCAGAGUAUGGUGCUUGUGCCUUCAGAUGCGAAGGGGUUGAUUGUGCAUCGUAUGCUGAGGGUCUACGGAUAUGAUGAUGCACCCCAUGGUCAUGGCCACAUCACAUUCGACAACGUCCGCGUCCCUCUGUCCAACCUGCUCCUGGGUUUCGGACGAGGCAACGAGAUCAUGCAAGGUCGUCUCGGUCCUGGCAGAAUUCACCACGCCAUGAGGUCCAUCGGUUCAGCCGAGUACGCUCUCGAGUGGAUGAUCGCCCGCCUCAACGAUGAGCGCAAGGUCCCCUUCGGCAAGCCUCUCCGCGAGCACGGUGUACUCCUCGAAUGGGUUGCAAAGUCUCGUAUCGAGAUCGAUGCAGCGCGUCUUGUAGUUUUGAACGCUGCCAUCAAGAUUGACAACGGUGAUGCGAAGUCUGCCCUUGUCGAGAUCGCAGAGGCGAAGGUGCUCGUGCCACAAACGGCUUGCACUGUUAUAGAUCGAGCAGUGCAGGCACAUGGAGCUAUGGGUGUAUGUCAAGACACGCCAUUGGCGAGCAUGUGGGCCCACAUCAGGACCAUCCGUAUUGCGGACGGGCCAGAUGAGGUCCAUCUCAACCAGAUGGGACGAAGGGAGACGAGGGCGAGGGCACAGGAGUGCAUCAACAGGAUUCAGGACCAGAAAGAGCGGGCUGAAGCCUUGAUGAAGAAGUAUGGUGUUGAUGAUAAGCAACUGGGUGGCUCGAAAGUCCAGGGCUUCCAGACGAGGGCUAAGUUGUGA